AUGGUGUUUCGGAAUUGUGCAUUUGAUCGGAAAGACUACGGCCCUGGAAAUUUGAGAGACAUUGAUCCCACGCAGCCAGUUGCUUCAGUAGCGCUACAAGCGAGAGUAAAAAACGAGUGGCGAACAAAUACCACUAUGAAACAUUUUUUCUACAACAUGGUUUUGAACAAUUCGGUUGUGGUGAAUAAAACUCCGCAUCACGACGAAUUAGAAGUCGGUUACUUCGAACAUGGAGUUUACAACAUCGGAAAUUCUUCCUUUUUCGACAUCACUUUCGACCAAUUUACAGAGAUGGUGGCAAAUCUCAAGAAGCAAGCUUCUAUCGAGGAAAGGUUAGUAAAACUUAAAAGCAUUUUUCAUGGAACAGGGGCUAGGGGAAGUUUUACAAAAAUAUGUGUCUGCUGAAU